CAAUGUGCAGAACAACCAUCACAACCAUCACAACCAUCACUACAACCCAAUAAUACAUCAACUGUCAGUAGUUCUUUAAAUGUUAAUCACUCUCCACAAAAAACUUUAUUUGAAACACCUACAAAACCUAUUCAAAUUCCUGUAUUUGCUCCAACAUAUGAAGAAACUUGGACACAUUGUAAAGUUGAAGGUCAACGAUUAAGAGAAGCAGAGGUUAAAUUAACGGAGAGUGUUAGAAAAUCACAAAUAGAUCUUGAUAAAGCAAGUUGGGAAUUGAAGAAAGUCAUUCAUCAAACUGCUUUGGCAACUAGACAAAUCGAAAUACUUUUCUCUAACAACGAAAAAGAAGUUGAAGCUUUAAAUAAAUUAGCAGAAAAAGAAAUUGCUGUAAACAAAGGUGAAUUCUACUUACCUUUAUUUUUUCCUAUUUCUUGA